UUGUGACUGUUUGUGACAGUGAUGAGUGAAGUGAACAAGUCAAGAACAGCUGAUUCUUGGAUUUUGGAUUGAUGCUUUAAAAAAAUGCACGAAAUGUUUAUUGAUUAUUGUUAAUUUUUGGACUUUGGUUAUUGGUGUCGUAUUAGUUUAAUUAUACAAAAAAUUAACUAAUAAGUAAUUUAAUUUAGGAGAUUUUUAAACUAGCAUUCUUUGUCAUACGGCGAUUAGCAUAGGUCAUCAGUAGCCAGUGGCCACACGAGAUCAAUAGAAGUCCUUAAAGUGCAUUGUAAUUUGUUUGGUAAUGGCAUCCUUGGCAAGCAGGAUACUGAGCAAUGUACUGAACCCAAUGUUUCCAUUCAAAAUGCUGUUAAGAGGUUAUUCUUUGUGUGUUUUGAUGGUUGACACUAUGUGGGUGAUCAUAAAUGCUAUGUAUGCAAUACUGCAAGCUGUCUAUGAAGUGUUCAGUCCUCCACCAAAGAAAUCUGUUGAAAAUGAAAUGGCCCUGGUGGUUGGUGCAGGCAGAGGUGUUGGACGUGAAAUAGCCAUAAAACUAGCUCAGCUCAAUGCAAAAGUGAUCUGUGUCGACAAUAACGAAGUGAAUAACACCAAAACAGUUGCAUACAUCAAAGGAAAUGGUGGUGCAGCUCUCAGCUAUAUCUGUGACAUCACGAAAAAGAAAAAUGUAGACAAUUUAGCCAAGCAGAUAAAGAAUGAGCUCGGUUUUGUCAGCAUGGUGUUCUAUUGCUGCGGUAUACCAAGCCCCAGGUCCCUGAUGACUGAGCCACCGCAGGAUAUUCAUGACACUUUGGAUCUUACGCUAACAUCUUAUUUUUGGAUAAUAGACAACUUCAUGGAAGAUAUGAAAGUGAAGAACCAUGGGCACAUUGUGGCUCUGACCUCAGUAGCUGGCCUGAGCUACAUCAAGCACCAAAAGCCCCUGAGUGUAGCUCAGUUCGCUGUCCAGGGCCUUGCUGAGUCUCUUAUGGAAGAUCUGAGAGUGAAUAAGAUUACCGGAGUUCAUGUAACACUCAUGCAUAUCUACCCUUUUAUUGUUGAAGACAGUUCAGAAUUGAGAAUGAAGAUCCCAAGCUACUUCGGAACAAUAACACCAGAAAAAGCUGCCGACUCAAUUUUAGACAGCGUUCGUCGCAACUAUCCUGAAUCAUCAGUCCCCAAACAUUUGCUGUUCCUGGGACAUCUCCUACGUAUACUGCCGCGGAAGGCUACAGUACUUAUAAGAGAUCUACUUGACACAGGCGUAGAUUUCGCUUGAUAGGAAAGUUUUUAUACUUCUCACCUAAUAAAUAGCAGUUCUCAGCAGUGCCAGAUUAAACUAGCGCGGGGCCUGUAGCAAACUUAAGCAGGGGGGCCCUUUUAGGUUCAAAUUCGAUCGUUACCGUCAAAAGUGACCUUCAUAUUUAAAUAUUUGAAAAUUUUCCUGAAAUCUACAAUCUAUCUAUGUUCUGCUUUUUUUUUUCAAAAUUAUAGGUUUAUUACUUCAGAGAUUCAAGUUUGAAUCAAUCAUGAACAGUAUGAGUAUACGUGUAUAUACGUGUAUAUCAUUGAAUAACUCAAAAGCUAUUCAUUUCAUAAUGAUCCUCAUAAGAUGCUCUUUCAUUUGAUAAGUUAGCAAAAAAAAAUGUCCAUAUUGCCCACCAAAAUACUGUAAAAUAAUAUUUACCUUCAUAUAUUUAUUUUCGUGCGCGGGGCCCCCGUCUGAACACGGGGCCUGUAGCAAAUGCUACCCACCCUAUGGCUAAUCCGGCGCUGAUUCUCAGGCCUGAUCUCAGGUGGUAGCUGUCAUCUAAUCAACAUUUGACUGAUGAGAUUUAAAGGUUAACUUGUCUCAAAUAAAAUAAAAGGUUUUGUAUACUGCUCAACGAGAUAUUUCUUUGGCGAGAAUACUCAGAGGCACAAUUAUCCGCCCACUUUAAUAGGAUGCGAGUAUAUUAAAUUGGGCGGAUAAUUGUGCCUCUGAAUAUAUAUUUGUAAAUAUAUAUACUUAUUUACAAAUAUAUAUUCAGAACAUUUUAGUAAUUCAUAGUAUAUGCGAACAUUUUAGUAAUUCAUAGACUGAGUGUUUGUUAGUGGAGUUUGUUAUUUAUAGUAGAGAUAUUUUUGUACAAGAUAUUAUAAUAAUUGUUAAGCUAUUUAUAUUUAAUAUAAGUUAAGAUUUAUUGGGACCAUAUCAUCAGUAGACCUAGCAUACGUCAACAUGUGAAGAGAAAAACCACAUAUAUUAUAUUGUCUACCAAGAGCGAGAGUCGAAUAUAUCGCCCUCUGUUUUCCGCUAUUGGUCGACAAAAUGUAUGUACGUAUGUCGUAAAUUCACGUUAGGCCUACAAAGACACUCAUAAUGAAUUGUGAUGCCUAUUGUGGAGUAUUUAUUUUUAGUAUUAGGUAGAUUAAGAUUUAGAUAAAUUUAAAUUUGCUCUACAUUUGCUCAUAAUAUAGUUUAAUGUAGAGUUAAAACAGUAAAUAAUUGAUAGUUUAAUUGAACGAAAAUUCUGGACUUUUACAAGUUUUCAUUCAAUUAAACUUUAACGAAACUUACUAGCCUAACCAGAAAAAAAGACCGCCAUUUAACAAAAAAUGAAUGAACUGAUUUCAUGUACUACAUAAAUUGUGUUGAAGAAAUAAAUGUGGCACGCGAAUGGUUUUCUUACUUCCGGAUAUUUUUUUUAAUACAACUUUCUACAGGGAAUGUAUGUAAAGGAGAGACAUUGUAUUGCCAAGUCUGCAAGGUCGCCUGUAUGUAAAGGAGAACCAAAGAGAUUUUUAAAAUAAAAAUAUUAUUUCGA